AAGAGAAUUAGACUUUCUCACCACGAGCCCCAAUCGAAGCAAGCACUGUCGCAGGGAAUUUUGAUUGUGUGUCCCAAACAUUGGCUUUGGCGGCCACAUUUUCCGGGUCCCGACGGCAAACACCCUUUUCACUUGUACAGAUCCCACCCAGAUCACACACACGGGUUAAAAGACUGCGAUCGUCUGAAUCGGGGGCUGGGUUUUUGCGAUCCCGAGUCUUUGCUAGCGCACUUGUUUGCAUUAAUAUUCUGCCCCUCCUUCUCCCUUCGCGCCCCAAUCAGCAGGGCGAAGGGCUUCUUGUAAUUGAGAAGCGCCGCGUUUGCUCCGGUUUGCCCAUCCGGAGUGGGACCCACGUAGGGCAGCCGGAUCUGCAGGGGGCAGUCUGUCAGCUAAGCAUUAAUCCUUCGACCGAGAGCUAAUAAGGGAGCCAAGUACAGAUAAAGAAUCAUGGAGGUGCUACGGCCAGUACUGAUAAGAAUUGAUGGGCGUGUUUAUAGGAAAAAUUUUAUUCAAGAGCAAGCUCAUCAACAGGAAGAAGAGGAAGAUUUUAAUACAGGUCUUAGAGAUGGCUCAGACGAACCCUGUGACGCAUUUGCAGUAGAAGAGACAGAAAGAGGAUACCAAUGCGCUAUGGACAUUCCUAGUCCACUGUAUAAGUAUAUAAUAGGAAAGAAAGGAGAAACCAGGAAAAAACUGGAGACAGAAACACGAACCUCCAUCAGUAUUCCCAAGCCAGGGGUGGAAGGAGAAAUUGUGAUCACAGGACAACAUCGGAGUGGUGUUAUUUCAGCACGGACACGAAUCGAUGUUCUCGUUGAAAGCUUUCGUAAAAAACAGCCCUUCACACAUUUUCUAUCAUUUGCACUCAACCAGCCUGCAAUCCAAGAGAGGUUUUUACAAUUCAAAGAGGAAGUGUUGGAGAAAUGUUCCCAUGACUGUGGAGUCAGCAGCAGCUUAUUCCAGAACCCAGCAAAGCUUCAUCUGACUAUUGGGACCCUGGUACUUCUGAAUGAACAAGAAAUCCAGAAAGCUCAGGAACUUCUCCAGAAGUGUAGAGAUGAUCUUGUUGACACAAUUACUGAAGGCAAACCUCUAACUGUGGAAAUAAGAGGUAUAGAGUACAUGAACGAUGACCCAGCCAUGGUUGAUGUUCUGUAUGCAAAAGUCCACAUGAAAGAUGGCUCCAACAGACUUCAGCUCCUAGCAGAUAGACUGGUGGACCAGUUUGCAACCUCUGGGCUGAUGAGAAGAGAAUGGGAUAGAGUGAAGCUCCAUGCCACUGUUAUGAACACGGUCUUUCGGAAUGAUCCUAGCGCUGAAGAACCGAAUAACCGAGCCACAGGCAAACAGUUCAAGGAAAGGGAAUCAUUUGAUGGCCGAACAAUUUUGAAGCUCUUUGAGAACUUCGAAUUUGGAGAAGUACAGCUGAAUUCCAUCUGUCUGUCACAGCGAUUCUCCACUGACCAGUCGGGUUACUACGCCUCAUCUGGGCAGCUCAAUUUCUCCUGAAUUGCAGACUCAUCUGUCCCGAUAGAUUGCACAUAAUGAGAUCCAGGAGUGUCUAAUAUACAAGGGCAAUAAUGAUUUAAACGUGCCCUGCUAUUAGAUCAGGGUCACUCUGUUCUCCCGAAUCAACCUUAGAACUUCGCCAAUAUCUGCGCAAAAAAAAAAACCUGACCUAAACUGAAUGAAAGAAAAUAGUUAUGCAAUUAAAUAAGUUACUUUGGUUGGCAGGUGUUUUGU